CUUUACAUCUCUUUUUUCCACCCCUUGCCGUCUUGAUUCUUUGCUCUUUUUCCUCUUUCUUUUUCCUUUUCUCUUUCCAUUUAGCUUUUUAUUGUUACUGUUUCUUUAUUUCAACCUUUUCUUUCUAUUCUUGUCGUUUCAUCCCUUGAUCUUUCCCUACUAACGUUGACAUCACUCUAUCUAUUCAACAUAUAUAGCCUCGAUGGUAGCAAAUCACCAACAAUCUCAUCAAGAAAUGGCUCCUUUCCAAAUUCAUGCAAUUAAUCAAGCUGGCCAAGUGCAGCAAGUUUCGCCUGCCGCCUCGUGUCGUUACGAUUCUUCACUAGGUCUUCUCACCAAAAAGUUCAUUGCCCUCAUUCGAUCGAGCGAUCAUGGCGAACUCGAUCUCAAUCUGGCCGCUGCCCAACUGAAAGUGCAAAAAAGGCGUAUUUAUGAUAUCACCAAUGUUCUCGAAGGCAUCAGUCUCAUUGAGAAAAACUCGAAAAACCAUGUACGAUGGAUCGGCAAUCAUUCCACGCUGUCCACCGCGCCAGAAAUUGAACGUAGCAACGAGACACAGCAGCUCGAACAACGUUUAGCCUGGCUACGUUCACGUAAUACCCUCCUGGAACAAGAACAACAUAAUCUCACUAAUAUUCUUCAAACCAUUGAAGCUGAAACGGCUUCUGUUUUCGAACGCCAUGCAUCCAAUUGUUAUAUCACGCAUCAGGAUCUGGUGCGCUUCCACAACAUCAUCUCCACGGCACCCGAAUCAUUGCUCGUUGUCAACGCACCCUCCGAUGCUACGAUCACAACUUACAGAACCCCAAUACAGACAACGUACGAAGAUACAACUUCCAUGGAUGUUCAUAUCCCACCCUCAGCAAAUGCGCGGCAUGCUUCCAAGCUACCUUCAAUGAAGGUUUGCGGUACCAAAUGUGUCAUUCAAGUGCCCGAGCAUCAUGAUCACCAUGCCAUUCGCAUUAUACCAAUAUCAACAAAACCAAUUCACCAACCUAUUUCAUCGCCCUCUACAUCUUCGGCCUCCUCUUCUUUUACCUCCUCAUCUUCCUCCUCUUCCUCCGCGUCAUCAAUGUUUUGUUCAUAUCACACGCAUGCAUCAUAAAUUGUUUAUAUUUGGUUCCACAUAGUUUAAUCUCAAUAAGCAUUCACAGCCCCCCUCCCCGAGAGAGAGAGAGAGAAAACCAAGGAGAGAGUUCAGACAAUGCUAUGCUUGUCGUCAUCUGCAGUCAGGGAGAAGCUAUAGGAGGUCAUCUAAAGCUCAAACUCCAAGAAGGAGCCAAAGGGAUUAUGUACCGCUGCUGCUCCAAACGUUGCAUAAAUAUUUGUGUAACUCAACAAUUAAUUCGUUGAUAUGGAGUAGCAGGUCUUGUCAUUUGUACCCGCGCCAUCGAUUUGGAAUAACAAGAUAGGGAAAGACACCAGACAUCACCAAUUCAAUAAACUAG